UCAGUAAGCAAUGUUCUUGACCGAUUUUUUCAAUUACUUGAUCCAAUAAAACAGUUUAUGCGAGAAAAAGAAAAAUCUUUCCCAGAACUUGAUGACCCCCAGUGGUUGUUAGAUUUGGCUUUUUUUACAGAUGUGGUUCAGCAUUUACAAACCCUAAACAUAUCACUACAAGGAAGAGAAAAACUUAUUUCUGACUUAGCGCAGAGUGUAUUUAGCUUUCAUAGCAAGUUAAGGCUCUUUCGGAAAGAUCUUGAGACUAAGACAUUUGCUCACUUCAAAUGUUUGAAGAAAAUUAUUGAAAGCAAUCCUGAUGUUCAAGUUGAAACUGAAGAUUAUUUAUGUAAAUUAUCUGGUCUUGCUGAAGAAAUCAAUGGCAGAUUUAAUGAUUUGAGAAUGCUCAAGCCUUCAUUUUCAUUCUUGGAAAACCCAUUUGGUGUUGAUGUUAUGGACGACGGCUGUCCUGUUUCAUCACCAAUUACAAAUGAUACAGCAGCUGUAGAGUUGGAGAUACUAGAAUUACAAGAGGAUGAAGGGCUGAAAGGACUAAAACGAAGUGGCAUUUCAGCUAUAGAUUUUUGGAAGAAAGUUCCAGAAGAAAAAUACCCUCUAACAAAAUUGUGUGCAAAGAGACUAAUCUCAAUAUUUGGCACUACAUAUGUGUGUGAAUCACUGUACUCAACACUUAAGUUCAUUAAAUCUAAAUAUCGAUCUGAACUAACUGAUGAACACUUGAGUGAACUCGUGCGAACUGCGCUUACCAAUUAUAAACCAAACUUUAAACAACUCACAGCUAAAAUGAACACUCGUAAAAGCAAUUGAACAUUAAGUUAACAUUGAAUGUUAUAAAUAAGUAGAGUACAAUAAAUGUUUCUUCUUUUAAAAUUAAAAAGUGUCUUUAACUUAUUAACCAUAAAUUCAUCU